AUGCAUUGCACACCACCGUCGAUAAGGAAAAUAAGUGAGAAGUACGACAAGGUCUUCGCGACGGGCUGUCAGCCCAUAAACACCGACACUCCUCGAGCGAACGCGGCCUUCGUUGUGCUCGCGAGAAACAAGGAAAUCGAUGGGGUUAUCCAGUCGAUGAAGUCGAUUGAACGACACUUCAACCGCUGGUACCGCUACCCUUAUGUCUUCCUCAACGACGCCGACUUCGAUGACAACUUCAUGGAUACUGUGAAAAACUAUACAAAUGCUCCCGUAGAAUUCGGGAAGAUCGAUGAGACAAUGUGGGGUUACCCUAGUUGGGUCGAUCACGAAGUCGCCAAAGAAGGUAUCCGGAAACAAGGUGAUGCCGCGAUUAUGUACGGUGGCAUGGAAAGUUACCAUCACAUGUGUCGGUUCUAUUCUGGGUUCUUCUACAAGCAUCCUCUCCUGAUGAAGUACGAGUGGUACUGGCGGUUGGAGCCCGAGAUCAAGUACUUCUGCGACAUCACUUAUGAUCCUUUCCUCAAAAUGGCCGAGGCCAACAAGACCUACGGAUUCACCAUCGCUGUCAAGGAGCUUCGCGAAACCGUACCGAACAUUUUCCGCUAUGCUUCCGCUUACAAGAGGAAGAAUAAUAUCAAGUCCCAAGGGCUGUGGGAGAUGUUCUUAGAGCCCCGCGAGGAACCGAAUCCCGAAGAACAGCAACCAGAGAGCCUUCCUGAGGAAAUCCUCAUUACCGAGCCCGGCGAGAAGAAUGAAAUCGAUCCUGAAACCAUGGAGGGAGAGAGCUAUAACAUGUGCCACUUCUGGAGUAACUUCGAAAUUGCGCGUUUAGACUUCUUCCGGAGCAAGGAAUAUGAGGAUUUCUUCGAGAUGAUGGACAGGAGUGGUGGUUUCUGGAUGGAAAGAUGGGGUGAUGCACCCAUCCAUUCGCUCGCUGCCGGUGUGCUCCUGUCACCCAGUGACAUUCACUAUUUCCGCGACUUCGGCUACCGACACACCACUAUCCAGCAUUGCCCUGCAAACGCACCUGCCCGACAAUUACCGCGCAUCCCUUACCUCGAAACAACGACCGAGGAUGAGAAGGAGCGUAUUGAAGAGGACGAGUACUGGGCCAACCCAGAUCCUGUCAAGGAAAAUGGUGUUGGCUGCAGAUGCAGGUGUGAUACAGAUAUUGUGGAUGUUGAGGGGAAGCAAGGCAGUUGUCUCGCAGAAUGGGUGGAUGUUGCUGGAGGGUGGGCAUCUCCAUAG